AUACAUAGAAAGAAAGUAAAUUAUACAUGUAAAACUACACACAAGUCCUGUAAAUACAAUUGGCACGACAAACAGCCUCUCUACCCAUCCGCCUCUCUCUCUCUCUCUCUCUCUCUAAAACGAGGAAAGGUCAAGCCAAGCCUCAAGCGCUACUCCACCACCACCACGGCACCACCUUCCUUCCUCGCUAUCUGUCUCUUUAGAAUCAAGCAGCGGCAGCAGCAGCCAGCCAGACACUAGCCAUUACCAUUUAGCAAAGCAUCACCAAUAUUAAAACAAAACAACAGCAAAUCCCCUUCAAUUCCUUUGCUUCAUUAUUAUUAUUGCAUAUAUUGGCUUCCGAGCGAAAAAAAUGCCAGCCCAGAAGCGUUCCCAUGAGACCCUCCAAAAGGAAGAUGAUGAUGCUCUUAUUCAGCAGCAACAAGACCACACUAACAACAACAACAACAACAAUAACCAUGAACAAAAGCAACAGCCUCAUGACGAUAUUGAUGAUGACGGUGGUGGUGGUGGUGUUGAUGAGCAAUCCGAUCGAAGCCAGUCUUCUUCAAGUAUUAACGAAGACGUGAAAGAAGAAUAUGUUGUAGUGAAGUUGUCUGAGAUACGCAAGGAAGUACAAUGUCCAAUCUGUCUAGGUAUUAUCCGCAAAACAAGAACAGUGAUGGAAUGUCUGCAUCGUUUCUGCAGGGAAUGCAUUGACAAAUCUAUGCGGCUCGGGAACAAUGAGUGCCCUGCUUGCCGCACACAUUGUGCCAGUCGUAGGUCUUUGAGAGAUGACCCAAAUUAUGAUGCAUUAAUUUCAGCCUUGUAUCCAGAUAUUGACAAAUAUGAGGAAGAGGAAUUGGCUUUCCAAGAAGAUGAGAAGGCUCGCAAUAAGCAGAUCCAGGCUACCAUCGCCCAGACUUUUCAUCGACAGGCUGAAGCUCUGAGUAGAAAAAAAACAACAGCUAAAGUGACAGCAGCAGCAUUUGCAAGGAGAACACCAAGUCGUUUUCGAGAUGCCCACUCUAGGGGAAGAAGAAAUUAUCGAAUGGCUGGAUUUCAAGGAUCUGAUGACAAUGAAGAUGCAAAUGGUGAUGGAGGAAAAGAUUCAUCAUCUGCUGACGAGCACAGUGCAGAAGUCAAACCAAAAAGGUGCAAGAAAUGGGCAGGUGCUCGUUCAGCUGCUGUUAAUGCAGAUGGAGGUGGUGAUGAAAAUGAUUCAGAAGUGAAUAAAGAAUCUGUGGGGGGAUCUUCUGGGCUAGUUGGCUCCUCAGAAAGGCUUGCCUGGGGAAAAAAUGGCAUGCGGAGUCACACCCGGUAUGGCAGUGCAAACGGCAGCAAUGUAAAAAAUGCUCGAAGCAGUCGCAUCUCUAAGUUAGCAGAUUAUCUACGGAACUUGGAGGGAAAUGAUAAUGAGUUGGAUAUCAACCUCAUGCUUGUUUCUUUUGAUGAGCAAAGAGUACCCAGUUUGCAGCGCCCAUACCUUUGCUGCAGGCCAACUUUGUCUAUUAAUAAACUGUGUCAGUAUGUUGCUUUCCAAACCUCUUUGCAAGCCAAUGAAGUGGAGAUAUACUUGGUCCGAGAGAUGAAUUCUAAGGUCGACUUUUCAAUCUCCAUGAGCACUCCAAUUUCUAAACCUGGUAUAAUUGAUCCAUGCAAAGAUAAAUUGCAAGUUUUAGAAGAACAAGAAACUUUGGGAAGACUUAAAACAAACAAUUUCAUCCACGGGUACCUGCUCCUGGCAUAUCGGAAAAAGGUGUGAAAGUCCGAAUGGUAGAGACAUUACCUGGCAAAAUCCUCAUGGAUACCAAGUUCUCUACAUCUCGCUUUUACACAGGUAUAGAUAUAUAUACACUCACAACGGGGACCUCUGCCGGUUCUUUUCUCAUAGCGUGCAUGUUCAUGGAUCUGACGUUAUACAAAUGGUAGUAAUUGUACAGGGUCAACAUGAAUGAGCAUAAAUGGUUGUCAGUUGUCAAAUUUUUUUCGUUCAAGAUCUUGCCUAUCGACCAUGUGCAAUGCUGUGAUUAUGAUUA